AUCAGGCGUUGGAGGAGUACAAGGUCAGUGAGCGGCACGUUUCGAAACCGCGACAGCUGCACGUCACCUUCCAGGCUGGCCCGGCGCCCUGACACAAUCGCAGAAAUACCACAGCAUCCAUGCGAAAGGCGGCACGGUCGAUGACAUCCCAGACAGCACAGACGAAAUGACUGGGGCAAAUGCCGAUGCCAAGCCUGAAACGGGCGAGCUCAACGAACCUAUCGCAGAGGGAGAGGUCGAGGGAGAGGGAGAUGAGACGAUGUCCAUGGACGAGAGCGACGAAACAUCGCACCCGGCAAUCUCGGAUGCUCAGGGCUCCGUGGAGGUGAAGAAGGCCGAUGGGAUGCUCGCCGGGGGUGCUCCUGCGUUAGGGCCAGAGGCGUUUCUUGGGGCUGUCCAAGAUGGGGAGCUAAAGAAGCUCUUGAUGUCGUGGUAUUACGCCGGUUACUACACGGGCCUCUACGAGGGCAAGCAACAAGGGAGCCAGCCGGCAAAAGGAGGAGGCUCGAAGGGCUCAUGAGAGCGUUCCAUCCGGGCGUUGUUGGGUGGUAAUAUGGUUCCCUCCCGAUAUGUUUAUCGUACGAGAAACAUCAGCCACUUCGGAGUGUCUCCUCAAGUGGAAAUGAUAACCUAAUGUUCCGAAGCCGA